AUGAUCUCGACCGAAUUUUCUUUUAAUAAAGGUGAGAAUAAGGAUACAGACUUUAGAGCGGAAGUUGAACGAGACUUAUUGAAACCAAUAGUAGUAUCACAGUUACUCUUGCAUUUAUCAUCCAAUGUCAAGAUUUAUAAUAGUUAUGGUUCCAGUGAAUGCGGGCCAGUUACAUUUUAUCGUAUAAAUUUUAAUGAUUUACAUAAUAUGGUGGUGGUACCUAUUGGCCUUUCUCCAAGUCCCGAUCAAUGCUAUCUGUUAGAUGAAAAUCGUUUACCAAUAUGUGAACCAAACAUUGUUGGCGAAAUUUAUUUUAGCGGGCCGACUUUAUUUCGAGGUUACUAUGGAAAUCCAAUAUUAACAAACAAAUAUUUUUCCACAACUGCAAACAAUACUGAAAAGUUACUUUAUAGGACGGGCGAUAUGGCUAAGUACGAUAAGUUUCAAAAUCUUGUUUACGUAACUAGAAUAGACUUUCAAGUUAAAAUUCGAGGACAACGAAUCGAAACAGGAGAAGUUGAAAGCUGUAUUUUAGAUUUAUCGAACGAAAUAACAAAUUGCGUAGCUGUAAAAUCAGUCAACGAUUAUACAGGGGAGGAAUGUCUAGUGGCUUAUAUAGAACAGAAAGGGAGCAGUAUUGAUCAAUUAAAGUUAAAAAACUAUUGUCGCCGCUGUUUGCCUGAAUAUAUGAUACCUACGUUGUUUGUUCCAUUAGUCAAAAUACCAGUAACUAAUAGCGGAAAAGUCGAUCGAAAAUCUUUGCCACGGCCAAAUUUUUCGCCGUUGUUAAUGCAAUCGACGCGAAGAAUUGAACAGUAUGAAAUGUCAGAAAUAGAAUUGGAGACAAAAGUACAUCAAAUAUGGUGUAAAGUACUUAAUUUUACGAAGGUAUUAAGAAACCAAAACUUCUUUGAUAUUGGUGGAAAUUCAAUACUGGCAAUAGAAUUAUAUAAUCAAUAUGAAACAGUUUUUGGAGAGAAUAAACUGAUGCAAUUAGAUAUCAGUGUUUUAUUUGAACAUCCUACAAUUGCUGAGCAGGUUAAAUAUUUGAACAACAAAUUUUGUCAUGACAAUGAAAGUCAUUCAAUGGAAAAUGAAAUACAAUCACUAUCGACGAGCCGUAUUCAAGGUAUGUUAGUAUCUCGUAUACAAUAUAUUAUAACAACAAAUAUCCCAAAACCGAGUGGUGUAAAUAGAAAUCACAUCAACAAAAGUGUGAAAAAUUCACUGUCUCUAACUUAA